CAUCCGUCCCAUCGUCUGGGACCCAUUCAUUUUGCACCAUCAUUCAUAUAUUAAUUUAGUUUCACGUGACAGAAGUUUCCGUCCAAGAUGGUGUUGAUGAAGCGUUGCUGCUACUGCUGCUGCGAGACCAAGUCUGCCUCGAUCUGCAUCGCCCUUCUUGAUGCGAUCUUCUGCUUGUUGCUAUUGGGAAUAGGCGGGGCGCUAUAUUAUUUCUCUCUUGAUGAACGAAUAAGUGAAUACAUAAAAUUGAUCGAGGAAUUCAUCAAAGACGCUGUGACUGGUUCCGAUCUCCAAUAUGAAAGCGUCUUCAAUAUACUCGUGAAUGAAACCGAGAGUUUCUUGCGAGAUGAAAUCAAAGGUUUCAAUAUCGGCAGCAUCAUAAUCUUGGCAGGGUUUAGCGUCUUCCUCUUCUGUGACAUCCUUCUCCUCAUCGGAGCCUACAAAGUACGGUGCCUGCUGUCACCGUGGAUUCUCUUCAACAUUCUGAAAUCCCUCAGUUGGAUAGGAAUGGGGAUCCUGACCGUCGUUCAAGCCAAAGCCUGGGUGGAUAAAUUCGAAACGGAGAUCCAAAAGCACCUGGACAACGCCUAUGACCAGGCGGUGGAGGAGCUCUCUGAGACUUUUACUACCCCGGAUGGUUUUACCUGGUCCGUGCCUCCUUUCUCCACGCCCGCACCCUUCGUCCUUGAUCUCCCUCAGCAAGCCGUAUGGGGAGUGCAAAUCGCCGGCGGCGUGCUAAUCCUCUUCGGCCUCAUUGGAUUCUACUUCGUCCUUGUCGUGAUUUCUCGAUUCCAGACCAUAGGAAAACAACGCCGACAACGACGGCGUGCGAUGGCACAACACGAAGCCCACUUGAAUGCCGCUUUUCAAUCCGGCAACGGAUACGUGGACAACCGUCAGGCUCCAUUCCCUUUUUACGGCAACGGGCAGAAUCAGGGCUUCCCUCGUGCUGAGGGGAAGGUUCAAGAGCCAUUUAACAUCGCCGGUGCCGUUUCGCCCUACGAUCGUCAAUCUCAUCGGGAUCCCUCUUUCAGGAAUCAGCGCAUGAAGCCUGGCGUAUACCCUACAAUCGACCCGAGGCCCGACUAUGACUAGGAAUUCACACAGAACACCAUCCUAAAUUUGCUGCGCUGCCACAACCAACCUAAAAUUUGCUGAUCUGCGCUUAAAAAACGCGAGACUUUCUUUUAUGAAUUGAUGCUCCACGUUUCAUAUAAUAAAAUAACAUUCAGUAAUAUUUUUA